GUCCUUGUUUGGCUACUGAAAGCCUUUCUAUGAUAUCCUUAAACGGCGUAAUAAUGUUAUCAUUUGCACGCAAUCCGCAUUGCUUUCGCUUUCUUUGUAGUAUUUCCGCCCCUUAUAUUGCGCGCCGCCUUCAAAAUCAAGUUGUAUCAAGGACGGCAAGUAUUCCUGUUUUCUUGUUUCCUUCGCUCAAGAGAACCUGCAAUAAAACUACUACUCGUCUCUCUCGGUCAACAAUGGGGUCGCUCUCUGCUAUUAACGGACCUCUUCAGUAUCCAAUUGCUCGGAGGGAUGAGUCCGUAGUCGAUGAUUACCACGGCGUUAAAGUCGCCGAUCCUUAUCGAUGGCUUGAAGAUCCGGAUGCCGAGGAAGUGAAAGACUUCGUGGAAAAACAGGUGAAAUUGACGGAAAGUGUGUUGAAGUCAUGCGACGUCAGAGAAAAGAUUCGCGAGAAAAUCACAAAGCUAUUUGAUCAUCCACGCUAUGACGCGCCGUUCAGACGAGGGGAUAAAUAUUUUUAUUUUCAUAACACCGGCCUUCAAGCACAAAACGUUCUCUACGUGCAGGAUAGUUUAGAUGGAGAGCCGGAGGUUUUACUUGAUCCCAAUGCGCUCAGUGAGGAUGGAACAGUCUCAUUGAACACGCUUUCGGUUAGUGAGGAUGCUAAGUAUUUGGCAUAUGGGCUUAGCUCGAGUGGGAGUGAUUGGGUGACGAUCAAAGUUAUGCGAGUUAACGAUAAGAAAGUCGAAGCGGACACGUUGUCUUGGGUUAAGUUUUCCGGUAUUGCUUGGACCCAUGACAGCAAAGGGUUUUUCUAUAGCCGUUAUCCACCUCCCAAGGAGGGAGAAAACUUGGAUGCCGGGACAGAGACUAAUUCUAAUCUUUAUCAUGAACUAUACUAUCAUUUCUUGGGUACGGAUCAAUCUGAAGAUAUACUAUGCUGGAAAGACCCUGAAAACCCCAAAUACAUGUUUUCAGCUGGUGUAACAGAAGAUGGAAAGUAUCUUCUCCUUUACAUUGAGGAGAGCUGUGAUCCUGUCAACAAAAUAUACUACUGUGAUAUGUCUAUAUUUCCUGAAGGCCUUGGAGGAUUCAGUGGAAAUGGCCUUCUCCCAUUUCUUAAGCUUGUAGAUAACUUUGAUGCACAAUAUCAUGCCAUUGCAAAUGAUGACACAUCGUUUACUUUUUUGACCAAUAAAGAUGCUCCCAAGUAUAAACUAGUCCGAGUAGAUUUGAAAGAGCCAAGUAUUUGGACUGAUGUUGUCUCAGAAGCUGAAAAAGAUGUCCUUGAAUCAGCAAGGGCUGUUAAUGGUAAUCAAAUGAUCUUGAGUUACUUGAGUGAUGUGAAAUAUGUUCUACAGGUAAGGGAUCUGAAAACAGGGUCACUGCUGCAUCAAUUGCCAAUUGACAUAGGCACAGUUAGUGGGAUAUCUGCACGGCGGAAGGAUAGCACAGUGUUUAUUGGGUUUACUAGUUUUCUUACUCCUGGUAUCAUAUAUCAAUGCAAUUUAGACACUCCAGUUCCAGAAAUGAAGAUAUUUCGUGAAAUUAGCGUUGCAGGAUUUGAUCGCACAGAGUUCCAUGUGGAUCAGGUCUUUGUUCCUAGCAAGGAUGGUGUUAAGAUACCAAUGUUUAUUGUGGCCAAGAAGAACAUAAAAUUGGAUGGAUCACACCCAUGCUUGUUAUAUGGAUAUGGUGGAUUUAACAUUAGUUUGACACCAUCAUUUAGUGUCAGUCGUAUUACACUGACUAGGCAUUUAGGUGCUGUUUACUGCAUUGCAAAUAUUCGAGGUGGUGGAGAAUAUGGCGAGGAAUGGCAUAAAGCAGGCUCACUUGCAAAAAAGCAGAACUGCUUCGAUGACUUCAUUUCUGCAGCUGAGUACCUAAUAUCUACUGGUUAUACCCAGCCGAGUAAGUUGUGCAUUGAAGGUGGAAGCAAUGGUGGGCUUCUUGUUGGGGCUUCUAUAAAUCAGAGACCAGAUCUUUUUGGUUGUGCUUUGGCCCAUGUUGGUGUUAUGGACAUGCUGCGGUUCCACAAGUUUACAAUAGGUCAUGCAUGGACUUCGGAUUACGGCUGUUCAGACAACAAGGAAGAGUUCCAUUGGCUAAUUAAGUAUUCACCACUACAUAAUGUGCGGAGACCAUGGGAACAGCAUCCUGAUCAACCUUGUCAGUACCCAGCCACCAUGCUACUGACAGCUGAUCACGACGAUCGAGUUGUACCAUUACAUUCGCUUAAGUUAUUGGCGACCAUGCAAUACGUUCUGUGCUCGAGCUUGGAAAACAGCCCGCAGACCAACCCAAUAAUUGGCCGCAUCGACUGUAAGGCUGGACAUGGAGCUGGGCGUCCAACACAAAAAUUGAUUGAUGAAGCUGCUGAUCGGUAUGGCUUCAUGGCAAAGGUGUUGGGUGCUGCUUGGACCGAGUAGCAGCUGACUCCUGUGACAAAUGUAGUUCGAAGCUCAAAAUACAUCUAAUGUUCACUUUCUCAAUUUUCCCCUUUUUAAUAAGGGAGAAAAAAAAAAGAAUUACGUUAUAGCAUUUUGCCCCCUUUCAAGCUAGAAUAGAAAUGAUUAAUAACGUUAUACCAAAGAUAACAUCUUCUCAGUUUUCGGCUAGAGUCAUGCCGCAUACCGUAAUUUAUAAAUCUGUUUAAGAUGGCAGUUCAUUUC